GCAUUCUGCCGGUAAUUGGGUUUGUUCUGUUCCCCUCCCCCUCCAGCCUUCUCUGUAUGCCUGUUUUGAGCCCAUCUCCUUUUUCCCCUCUCCUAUUCCCCUGUUUUUUUUAUCAUCCUCCAAAAGCCAUCCAAUUAAUAUGCUAAUGAGAUAAUACAUAUUUAUGGUGGUUUUAAAUUAUGCAGACAGCUUUCAGAGCCCGGUGUGAAACGAGUCACUCGCAGAACUUCAAAGCCUUGCAUCGCUAACGAGGCAGGGCUUGAUUUGCAUACUGCUUUAAUCAGCUGAAUACUGAUUAUACUUCAUUAUAGAGUGUGGGGAGAGAUGAGAGGGGGAGAGAGCUGCCAGCUGCAAUCGUUUAUUUUUCCUUCCAGAGAGAGAGAGAGAACUUUUCCAGUAGUCGUGACAAUCCUCGUGUGUACAGGAGACAGAGAGAGAGUCAGAGAAGAAGAGGAAGACCAUUGGAAAGGAAAGAGAAAGAUUCUAGAAUGAGUAAUGCGUCAGGAACGAGUAAAUGUGGAAUGGAGAGUCAGAGUGAGGACGGCAACACAGAAAUCCAAACGAAUGGACUGGACUUUCAGAGGCAGACGGUUCAGACCACAAGCGCAAUCACCAACGCACACACACAGGCUCUCCUCCAACAGUCCAAGUCAGAAGACUCGGGUGCAAUUCCGACCUCCGUCCAGCAGGGGGUGCUGCCUCAGGCCCAGCUCAUGCUGGCUGGGGGACAGAUAGCUGGAUUGACCCUGUCUCCAGCGCAGCAGCAGUUGUUGUUGCAACAGGCCCAGGCCCAGCUCCUAGCAGCAGCCAUGCAGCAGCAGUCAGCCAGCCAGCAGAGCAGCACUACGGGGGCCAGCAUCUCUGCCUCUGCAGCCACCCCUAUCACACAACUGCCCCUGUCCCAGCCCAUCCAGAUCACCUCUAUUCCCUCUGGUUCUACCCAUCUUCCAGGCCAGCUAAGCCAGCUGGGAUACCCCUAUGAGAUGGCGACCUUCAGCAGUUACCUACCUCAGUUACAACAGCUGCAGCAGCAGAACCUGACCAUGCCCCAGUUUGUCCUGGUUCAGCCUGGCCACCACAUCGCUACCCAGCUGCAGCCUGGCCAGUUCAUCAUCUCACAGUCACCACAGGGCCAGCAGAGUCUCCUGCAAGGCCAGAGUCUUCUAACUCAACUACCUCAAAGCCAAGCCAACCUCCUGCAGGCUCAUCCCAGCAUCACGCUCUCCACACAGCCAGCGACUCCAACCCGCACGAUAGCAGCCACGCCCAUCCAGCCUCUGUCCCACAGCCAGACCUCGCCCCCUAAACGCCUGGCCACGCCCAGUCUGGAGGAGCCCAGUGACCUGGAGGAGCUGGAACAGUUUGCCAAGACCUUCAAACAGAGACGCAUCAAACUGGGCUUCACACAGGGAGAUGUUGGCCUGGCUAUGGGCAAGCUGUACGGUAACGACUUCAGCCAGACCACCAUCUCCCGCUUUGAGGCCUUGAACUUGAGCUUCAAGAACAUGUGCAAGCUGAAGCCACUGCUGGAGAAGUGGCUCAACGAUGCAGUUUAUGCAGACAAUCUGUCGUCUGACCAGGCCCUGUCCAGCCCCAGCGCCCUGGGCUCCCCUGGCCUGGGUAUGGAGGGGCUGAACCGCAGACGCAAGAAGAGGACCAGCAUCGAGACCAACAUCCGCUUGGCCUUAGAAAAGAGAUUUCUGGAACAGAACCAAAAACCUACCUCUGAGGAGAUCACCAUGAUCGCCGACCAGCUCAACAUGGAGAAGGAGGUGAUCCGGGUGUGGUUCUGUAACCGCCGGCAGAAAGAGAAGAGGAUCAACCCCCCCAGCGGUGGAUAUAGCAACACAGGGACAGGCAGCAGCCCCAUCAAAACCAUCUUCACCCCUACGAUCCCCCUGGUGGCCAGUACGGCCAGCCUUGUGACCAGUAACACACCGACCACACUGACUGUAAACCCAGUGAUGCCUCUCAACAGCACCAGCGUAUCUGGCCUGACCUUCACAGGCACGACCAUAGGAGCAACCACAAACACGGCGUCUGUCAUCUCCACGGCACCCAUGGUUACUGCGGUGACCAGCUCCCCAUCGCUAAGCCCUUCCCCCACGGCCCUCCAGGCCACGGCGGCGGAGACGGGCGGAACCCAGGAGCACACGGUGGUCACGCAGGCACCGUCGUCCCUAGCGACCACUCUGGGGACGGGUCAGGUGAUGGUGGCUGGACUGGGCCUGUCGGCCGCCCUGCAAGGCGCCGCCCAGUUACCCACCAGCGCUAGUUUCGCCGCCAUGGCCGGGCUUAACCAAGGACUUAUGGCGUCAACGCAGUUCACUCCUGGGGGGGCCUUGCUGAGCUUGGCUCCAGGGGGGCUGGGAGGGGCUCUAAACCCCGCCAUGUUGAGCAACAGCACCCUGGCCACCAUCCAAGGUCUGUGGAGCGCUCUGGCAUCAGGCGGUGCUCUCCCCAUCACCUCGCUGGAUGGGAGCGGUAACCUGCUGUUCGCCAACACCUCCGCCGGCAGCACCCCCAACCUGAUGCAACCCCUCUUCCUGAACCCCCAGAACCUGUCCCUGCUCACCACCAACCCUGUCAACCUGGUGUCAGCCGGAGCUGCUGGGGGAGGGGCCCUGCAGGUCUCAGCUGACCACCAGGUCACCACGGCGACUGUACCAGUUCCCGCCUCCACCAUCACCUCUGCCUCCAGGGCCCAGUGAAGCUGGAGGCCUCAAAUGGAACCCUAUGCCCUAUUUAGUGCACUACUCUUGGUUAAAUGUAGCGUACGAUAUGUCUGGCUCUGGCCAUAUUAGGGCACUAUAUGGGGGAAUAGGGCUGUUGUUUGGGAUUUGGCCUUAGACUAAUGGCUCUACCCACCUGUUCCUCCUCUUUCUUCUCUCUGUCACGUCAUUAUUUAAAUAUUUUGCUGCCACCAAAAAGAAACCCUCUGUGAAGCGGGUUGGAAUUUUUUUUUUUUUUUAAUGUUGGUAUUUUUUCCAUUCUCUCUUCCCUAGUACUCCAAAAAUGAUGUUUUGGUCGUUGGACGCUUCAGGUCACACAGGAGGACUGGGGCAGCCAUUUUCUGAGGCAUGAUCGUCUUGAACUCUAUGGUUUGUGCUCCUUGUGUGCCGCCUGACCUAACGUCUUGGGAGAGUAAAUAACAGAGAAGACCCACCUUUUCUACUCCGUCAACUUUUUCACAAGUAGAUAUCUUUCUCUUCCCUGUUCAGAACUUAUUCUGAAGUACUUCUAACCAAAAAUGUGUGAUUUUUACUUUUAACAUUUUUUUUUCUAACAAAAAUGAUUUACUACUAAGUUCACAAUCUACAUCAUCACUAAAAGGGGGGUUUGUGCGUCUCCCCUGUCUAGGUUGAGUUUAUAGUGUCGGAGGCUCUGUUGGAAAGGCCUCAGCACGAAUAUCAAAGUUUUAUUUUAGAGGCGUUUUAGUUUGUUUUCUCUUGUUUUUAUGUGAGUGGACAUUUUCAGAACUUUACGUCUAACAUUAAGUUUUAACUGCUAUAUAUAUAUAUGUAUAUAUAUAUAAUUAGUUUUAUUGUGGUUAUAAGGCUUUAAAAAUCUAGUAAUAAUAAGUGGCUGAUAUAUAACGGUUAUGGUUGCUUUAAGGAACAGGGUUAGCUGCGUGGUCUCUCUCUGGUCCUCUCGGUCUGGUAACACUGAGUUUGACAUUUCGCAGUAGCCCAGUGGCCAUGGAGCAUUUGUAAAUGGUAGUCUAGGUGCGGACCAUAGACACUGAUAUAAGAAAUGAUAACACUUAGAGCUUUAACCCGGGUUACAUAUGGACCCAUGUCUGUGGGGUGGGGGGUGGGGUGGGGGGGGGGGGGGGGGGGGGGGUCAGGGUUCACAGUUCAGGGGUCAGGCAGUAUAGGGGCUAAGUGGUUUUCUUGUGACCUUUACAGCUCAGGCAAAUACAGACGCCUCAGUUAGCUGUAUGAUACAUGGAGUUCUGUGACUGAGUGUUCUCUGACGGUCUGUCUGUAUGGUUGCCAUGCCAACUGGAUGACGUUGGUGUGCGGUAGAUGGGGACGUUGUGUAUUUUUUUUAAUGCCACCAAUGAACUGCAGUCUGCCUGUUUUGAAAGUUUUUUAACAUGUUUUAUGAUCCUUUAUUUCUGCAGUCUUUCGACUGGCUUACUUCAAAUAUACCAAAAAUAUUUGUUAAAACUAGUGCUGUUUAUUGUCAGUGUAGCUUAGCCUAGUCCUAAUAUUUAUGAGUAUAAAAUCUCUCUCUCUCUCUCUCUCUCUCUACACACAACAGGAGAUGAAAAUGCAAUAUGUUGAUGAUCACUUUCCAAAGACAAACGUAUUUUUAAAUUUGACUAUGGCUCUCCCUGCUCAGCUUUAAAGUAGCAGGGCAAAUAACCAAAAAGAAAGGUAUGGGAAGACAGGUGUCUCCCUGUAUAAUGUUCAUAUAUUUGAGGGGUGUUUAGGUUUGAAUGGUAGCGGUUAUAUGAUAUCAAUGGGUGCUUAUCCUCUAGGCUCGGUCUCGUUUCUCUACAUGUUUCCCCCUAUGAUGAUAUGGCAGACUGUCCUGACCCUUUCCAGACUGGCAUAUCCGCUUGGGCAACAGUUUGGACUGUAGUCAGGCUUUCAAUAGUCGGGUAAGGGCUGUCCAUUUUGAGUUUUUCUACUAAUCCUCAGCCAUGAAAUAAAAAGCUUGAACCAAAGUCGUUUUCUCACUAGCUGCUGUGCCUGUGUGAGCCAGCAAGUGCUGUUCACACGAUCACUAUCUUACAUAAUACUACUACUGACAAGUUUUCUCCUCUUAAACCCACCUGUGUGCAUCCCCCACCUCUAACCCGCUUCUAAGGAACAAGGAUAUUUUAGCUUUAAUGACCAGCUGCUUUAACUUAGAAUGGAGGCAAACGUUCUGCGUGUUUUCUUCUUCUAGCUUUGUGACCAUAUCCUGUUAGCAGGUCUCGAUUUCCUGUGGUUGAAGCCUUCUCUCCUUCCCCUCAAUGCCCAACUAGCUUUACUAUGGGGAGCUCAUCCACUGGCAGCACCAGUAAAGAUGUUUCGGACCAAGAUCCUGACCUGUAACCAAGCAGCGUAGCCUCUGUGCUGCCCUUAUCGAACUGCCCCUUUUCGUAACAACAACAACAACAGCACACAGCAAUAGUGUUGUUCUAUCGGCCCUAACAUAACCAGAUUAAUGACUGCCUGGUUUGAAAGCAGAGAAUUCGCUCCACGCUGUUCAGUUUUUGUGCUCCUUUUUCACCCGUGAAUUACUUUGACUAAAUACCUCAGCAGCACUUAAACAUUAGGUUCUCUAAGAAAUCUGACACCCGCUGAAUAUUAUAGAAUGUACAAGAACUGUAUGGCUGAAUUGUACAAGAUGGCCAAAAAAAAGAGUCAUCGUUAUCUCAAACUAGGACAAACUACUACUGCUAUUUUCUAGUACUACUACUUAUGGAUAUUUCCAGGUUUUAACAGUUUAACAUUAUUUUGUGAUCCUUCUUGCCAAAGCGAAAGCCUUUCUCUCUGCGGCUGGGUUGACGUCUCCAUGCUGCUCACUUGGCUGGCGUUCUGUCCGAAUGGGACUUGUCGUUCUAUUUGUAGUCCUGGUUGUAGUCAUUCACCAGUCGUGAAGUGCGGUAGCUAGGUGAACCAGUGUCCAUUGGCACCAUUGGAAGUUAAUGAAAUAUUUAUCUGCGGAACGACUAAAGGAUAAGAGAAAAAAAGCUUUUUUUUUCUCUCUUCUUAAUUCUAUACAUAUAUAUAUAUAUACACAACACAUGUAAGAUAUUCAUAUUUUAUAUUUGAACUAGUAUGUUAUCAAGACUGAAUGUGAUGUUUUGUCAUGCUUAUAUUCAAAAGACAAAAAAAACAUUUUUUUUUAUUAAUCAUAGCAAUUUUGAAAAACUUUCAAGACCAAAAACUUAGACCGCGCCCCCUUGGUGCAUGAAUCACAGACACCUGUAGCCAUCACGUGUGGGUGUGGUCUGUUGAGUGGGAGGGGCUUGCUCUGGUGCUCCUAUUGGACAGUCCCCGUUUGUGCUGUUGCUAGGGAAACAGACUGAAGCGCCUAAUCUUUUUUGUCUGUGUGUUUGGUUUACUAUGGACUUGAUUUGCUGUGCUGUUUUUAACAAUCGUUAGAUUUUUUUAAAAAUUACGUAUGCCUUUAAUUGUUUUGUAUAGCACGAGAGGGCAAGAUCACUGGCUUCCUUAGUUUGACAAAAUAUGAAAAUGAUAAUUUACGCCUUAUCGUUAUUUAGAAGACAAAAGCAUUGUAGCAUAUGUUUGUGUGAGAGUAAUCUAGUGAGAGAGGCUGCCUCCUCGCUAUCUUUUGUGUUUAGCUAGCCUACUCAGUGCAUAGUUCUUGGGCUUGUGCUGUUCUGGCACAGUUAUGUUGCUACCUAUGACUUUAGGGGUGACUCAGACAGGUGGCAAUACCUGUAGGAAAGGCUUUACUAUUAACUGAACUCCAGCAGAGGUGUGUGUGUGUGUGUGUGUGUGUGUGUGUGUGUGUGUGUGUGUGUGUGUGUGUGUGUGUGUGUGAAAGGAAGAGAGAAGGAAGAGCUGACUGAAGACCACAACGGUGCAUUUGUUCUCAGCUUACAGAUAAAGUAUAAUCAUAAGAGCAUUCAAGGAAGAUGGGAAUGAGAGUAUGGAACAGUAGCUGAGUGUGUCAGUGAUCCAUUGCCUGUGAUGGAGGCUGAUACAUGAUCUUUGUUGGUAUGCGAUGGUGCACCAGUGAAUCCUCUGGUUUGCUAUAUUUAAUUAUAACCUGUUGUGAUGGCUCAGUCAGUGGAUCCUUCAAACAUACAGGAUAUUUGUGCGUUAGAGUGGAUCCCCUUUGAUACAGUUUUAUUGUGUUUGGUGCCGUUGUGGAUCUGGAUGUCUCUCAGGUUUGUCUGAUGCUCUAGAAGUGGUUCUGUGUUGAUGCAUGUGGCACAGUGGUUGUGUGGUUGUGCAUGUGGCACAGUGGUUGUGUGGUUGUGUUGUCUGUGUGGUGGGUGUAAAGGUUUAGUAAAGGGAGAGGGCAGCGAGACACCAGGAAGUCUGGGGUAACUAGCUUGGUUAAGGGAGCUGCUGUAUACCUCAUUUAGCUCAUUUAGCUCGAGACUGAGUGAAAUUUGCUUUAAAUCUACUUUAGCAAAGAAAAAUAUUAAACUUAAGAAGAAAAAAAACAUAAACAACACCAAAAACACAUGGUCCUAUCAGAGAAGCUCACAAAUGUCUGUUUUAAGAGUACAGAGUGUCAUGACAGCUGCUGCCACCGGGGGGAGACAGGACACACUCCAGCACUUAAGAAUGUCUGCUUCUCUUUAUUUUGAACAACAUCAUCAUCAUCGCUCACACUAAACACACAGUGACCUCUCACACCUCCACCUCCUAUUAUAAUGCUGAAAGUAUACUCACAUUUCACUUUUUAGUAGUAUGUACUUGAUUUAUCCCAAUCUUAUUCUGUUUUCUAUGAUUUGACAAUCCUGUCCUUUUUUAUAUUCUUAUUUAGAUUGUAAAUGUAGAUGUUGGUGUGUCUACUCACCUGGUGGUGCGCUGCCUCGCUGCACUCUCUUUCCUGUGGUAAUGUUAACCAAAGACUUCCAAAGUGAUUGUAUAUGGACUAGACCAUCUCUCACCCCUCCGCCUCAUCAUCCCGCGAGAAAAGACAUGCAGCUGUGCUCACACACGCUCUUCCCUGAGCACCUGUAAUGUCGAUACGCCUGUAUGGCAGAGCUGCGUGCGCACAGCGGACACAACAGGCACCUGUAGCAGGGCCUGUGGGGGAGGAUAGGUGGAGUUUCGAGGGGCAAAGUGAGGUUCUCUGAUAGACAGAUCAAUUAUCCAAUCCCGUGAUGUCUGGGUGAUGUUUGUUAAUACACAUUGAGGGUGCAUCCUGUGCACGCUGUAAAGGCUCAGGAGUCACUUUUUCUGUCCCUCUGUCUGUCUCUGUCUGUCUCUGGGACUGUUGCUAGGACACACCUUUUCCGUCUCAAAGACGGUCACAAAAAUACACGGUUUCUGCUUCUUGGAUACAGUGCGUAUGUCUGGCUCCCUAUCUGUGUAUUGUAGUUGCCAGGAUACAUUGUCUCUAGGAUACAAAUUCUCUGGUUCUUUCUCUCUGUCUGACCACUGUUUUCUUUCUCUGUCUCUGUGUCUCUCUCUUGCUUCUCUCUCCCGCUGUGACACUAUGCAUCAUGGUCCUUCACUACACAUGGCCUGUGUCUGAUUGGCUAAGCUCUUUGGUCAAUGGAGUCCCAGGGAAACGUUAUAUGAUGCUUUAUUCCAAGUGGGGGAGUUGUAGGAUCUCACAAGCGCUAUCCCAAAGCAAAAAAUAUCCAAAUAUUUAAUGUUUGACAAACGCAGAUACCAAAGAUCACUCUCUCUGUCCUGUCACUUUCUCUUUCUCUCUCUCUCUCUCUCUUUCUCUUUCUCUUUCUCUUUCUCUCACCCUGCAGCUUGUGUAUUAAGAGAUAAACCCAGCACUGGCUUUAGCCCGAGCCCCAGUAAUUCCAAAGCUUAGAUGUAUAUUUUGGUAUAUUUCUGAGAAAUCUAAAUGGAAAAAAAGUCUGUUGUUUUAAAACAACAAUCUUGUCUGUUUGGUGUAUCGAUCUUUUUCUGUCACAGCAUGGAACUAAUUGCAGAAUUGUCUUACUCUUGGUAGAUUAAAGAUAUAGUAUUUUUGUAUGUUUUGGGGUGUGUAAAAAAAUUCUGUGUGUGAAUAUAUCAGUUAACACGGCCCAAGUGUCAAUGGUUUUUAAAAAAAAACAGGCAGAAAAAUACAAUAAAAACAAAAGGUCAACUUGUAAAUAAACCUUCUGUUUGUGGAUUUUUGAGAAAUGCAUUCUGUAAAAUCAUUGAUAAUUCUCCCUCUGUAAACCAAGCUAAACUAAAGGAAUGUGCUCCUUUAUCUUCUGACUAGUUUUUCCUCUGAGUACACCGUCUGUCACUGUCACUCUAGAACUCUGGGAGCCAUGCUGUCGUUGUGACACGCGGUUCCACUGUUACACCAUGGACUAGAACACUGCUCACUGUUGCCACGGGGACACAUGCCUCAUAUCCAACUAAGAACCCCCCCCCCCCCCCCCCCCCCCCCCAGACAUGGCAGUUGGCAGCAUAUAGAACUGAAAGAUUGUGUAGAACAUUAAGUAUGUGAAUCAGGAUACAUGGUAGAUUUGAUGCAUUUGUCUGCUGUAUUUCUUUUUAGGUUUUUAUAUGUAUAUAAAGAUGAAUCUUUUACUGUAACUGUACAGUUCUCUUUUGUUGUAAACGUCAUUAAACCAUUUUCCAGGUGUUUUAACAUUG